AUGAAUAAUGAAGAGUUAGUUAUUCAAGAUGAGUAUGUAUACAAAGAAGAGACACGACUCACUGUUCUGAAAACCUCUCAGUUCUUCACCGGUGAUGGCUUUGUUGCGUACGAUUGUAAGGGACAACUCGUUUUCCGAUUCGACUCAUACGGACCUAACACUCGUGAUAAGGAACAACUUGUUCUCAUGAAUCCUCAUGGCCGUUCUCUUCUCACUUUGCGCCGAAAGAAAUUAAGUCUACAUCGUCGAUGGGAAGGUUUUAAAGAUGACAGAAAGAAGGGUGAUAAACCAAUUUUCAAUUUAAGAAGAUUGUCAAUAAUCGGACGGUCACGAACAAAUGUAAUAGUGAAGAUACAAGAUGAUCCAAGUAUGUUGUACCUCAUUGAAGGGUGUUUCUCGCAACGAUCUUGUAAGAUUUUCAACACUAGAAAAAAAUUAGUGGCUGAGAUUCGUCGCAAGGUGGACCCCGCUACUAGUGUUAUGCUUGGAAAAGAAGUGUUUGUGCUGUGUGUUCAACCUGAUUAUGAUGCUUCUUUUAUUAUGGGAUUGAUUUUGGUACUUGAUCAGAUCAAUGGUAAGAGUGUCUUUGAUAAUGAAACCAUUGAGACUUCGGUGCACCCUAUUACAGAAGAUUAA